AUGAGCAAGCCUAAGGCAGAGGCAACGAGCAAACCUCUGCACAGAAACAGUCGAUAUGAUUAUUAUCUCUGUUUCGAUGUUGAAGCGACUUGUGAAGAAGGCUUUUCGUUCGAAUUUCCUAAUGAAGUCAUUGAAUUUCCGGUCGUAUUGCUUGAUGGCUUGACAUUUGAAAUUGUCGAUGAAUUUCAUUCAUAUGUUCAGCCAAUCCAUCGACCUAUUUUGAGCGACUUUUGCAAAGAAUUGACCGGUAUCUCACAAGAGACGAUCGAUGAGGCGCCCACAUUUGUAGAGGUGCUCGCGCUUUUUGAAGCAUGGCUCACGAAGCAUAAAAUCAUCCUCGACGAAGAUUCUCUAGAAUUUGCCAUUAGUUGUAAUGACAAUGGUCCCUUCGACAUUCGUGAUUUUAUUGCCAAGCAGUGCCUUCAUUCUCAGAUCCCUCGCCCAUCUUAUUUUACUCGACCUUAUCUCGAUAUUAGAACCCGGUUCCGCGACUUUUUUGAUCUCAUCCAAUGGUGCAACCUCGAAGGCAUGCUCACAUUUCUGGGACUGGAAUUUCAAGGGCGACAACAUAGUGGUAUCUGCGAUGCACGAAUGGUCGGGUUAAUUGCCAAAGAGUUAGCA